AUGGCCAACCUUCAUAUCAAUGCCAACUUGCCGCUGUAUAUCCCUCUCCACCACGAGUUAGUGCGCGAGUUCGAGACCGCAGAUUCCAACCACCUGCUGGUGCUUCAGGAAGUACAGAACGCGAUCGACGACGUAUCGGCCCAGGGAAAAGCUUAUAUAGACUUUGUACUUAGCGACGACAAUCGGGCCCCAGUGCAGGUAAACCAGGAUACCCUCAAUACUUUACUCACCACAUUGCGCCAGCAUAUAGUCAGCAAGUAUGAGUUGGAGUGCUGGAAGCAGUCGGCCCACCAGGCUCGCGCAAGGAUCAGAAAUCAGCAAAGAAACGAGCCAGAAUUGACGGUAGAAACCAUGGACUUGUAUCGCGAAUAUGGUGAAAAGCGCCAGUUUGCCGAUGAAAUAAUUCACGAUUACCAAGACGACAAAGAGUUGAAACAGCAAGAACGAACGAUGGACCAAGUUGUAAACACUUAUGACACAUACGUGCAACUUCGAAACUUGGUUUACAUUCUUCAAGACCCUUCCAAUCCUCUUCCCACCGAUGCCGAUAACGAAGACGAUGUAGCUGUUGCAGGUGGAAAGAUUUCGUUGAGGGACCCCCUUUCCCUUGACUACUACGAGGAGCCGGUAAUAUCGCGGAAAUGCAUGCAUGUGUUUUCCAGAGCCACCAUUCACCAGUAUCUCGCUGGAUCAUCUGGUCGUCUGGGUAAAAAUUGUCCAGUCGAUGGCUGCGAAGCAACGAUCAGUUUCAACGACUUGAAACCCGAUCUGAUUCAUGGGCGCUCCGCAUGCAAAAGUGUUCACGGAAACGGCGGGGCGGGGAGCCAGAGAAAAUAUAGAAACGGAUAUAAAAAUAUUGAUAGUAACUUCCGGUAA